AUGGUUAUUAACAUUAUUAUUAUUAUUAUUAUUAUUAUUAUUAUUAUUAUUAUUAUUAUUAUUAUUAUUAUUAUUAUUAUAUUAUUAUUAUUAUUAUUAUUAUUAUUAUUAUUAUUAUUAUUAUUAUUAUUAUUAUUAUUAUUAUUAUUAUUAUUAUUAUUAUUAUUAUUAUUAUUAUUAUUAUUAUUAUUAUUAUUAUUAUUAUUAUUAUUAUUAUUAUUAUUAUUAUUAUUAUUAUUAUUAUUAUUAUUAUUAUUAUUAUUAUUAUUAUUAUUAUUAUUAUUAUUAUUAUUAUUAUUAUUAUUAUUAUUAUUAUUAUUAUUAUUAUUAUUAUUAUUAUUAUUAUUAUUAUUAUUAUUAUUAUUAUUAUUAUUAUUAUUAUUAUUAUUAUUAUUAUUAUUAUUAUUAUUAUUAUUAUUAUUAUUAUUAUUAUUAUUAUUAUUAUUAUUAUUAUUAUUAUUAUUAUUAUUAUUAUUAUUAUUAUUAUUAUUAUUAUUAUUAUUAUUAUUAUUAUUAUUAUUAUUAUUAUUAUUAUUAUUAUUAUUAUUAUUAUUAUUAUUAUUAUUAUUACAUACUUUUUCUUUUUUUAACAAUUUUUAUCAGGAUAGAAUAUAUUUAUCAUUAGAAAGCGUCUGCUCUGCCCUACAGUCCAGUUAA